AUGAGCUCAGCAUCAUCCCGGUCAAUCGAGGAUGUCGCAAAUGCAAAUGGGCCAAAUGGUCAGCGGUGGUAUCAGCUCUACUGGCCGCGCACGGACGAGAUAACAAUAUCCCUUCUUAACCGUGCCAAAGCUGCAGGCUUCUCUGCACUCGUGAUCACGCUCGACACCAUGCUCUUGGGUUGGCGUCCACACGACCUUGACACUGCUUACAUACCCUUCUUUUAUGGCGUUGGUAUCCAGGUUGGCUUGUCUGACCCCGUGUUCAUGAAGAGCCACGGGUACGAACCUGUGCACGAGACCACCAAGUUCCCUUUCGAGCCAGAGAAGAUUAGAGACGCGGCGUUGAAAGAAGGUGAUGUGAAUGCCCAGAAAGUAAUGAAACUGGGCAAGGAGUGGCUCGGACAAACCAACUCGGGCUCUUUCAGGUCCUGGGAGGAUCUACAAUUUAUCAAAGAUCACUGGGAUGGACCCAUCAUUCUGAAGGGGAUUCAACGGACAUCCGAUGCGGAGAAAGCUAUUGAUAUGGGCAUUCACGGUAUCAUUGUAUCCAAUCACGGCGGACGGCAAGUCGACGGUGCCAUUGGCUCCUUGGAUGCAUUAGCCAAGAUCAUGCGCUCGCAGAAGAUUAUCCAAGCGCAGGCGAAAGGUGACCUGACGAUCCUCUUCGACUCUGGUAUUCGCACAGGCAGUGAUGUCAUCAAGGCCAUGGCAAUGGGUGCACAGGGAGUCCUCAUUGCUCGCCCAUAUAUGUACGGACUUGCCACUGCCGGACAGGCAGGAGUCGAGCAGAUUUUGAUGCAAACCGUGACUGACAUGCAUAUUACGAUGGGUCUCUGCGGGUACAGUGAUGUCAACGACCUUAUUGGGAAGCGGGACGAGCUUCUCGAACUCGUAGAUGAUUGA